AUGAACAACCUCAUCACCAACCUCAUCAUCAACCUCACCAACAACCUCAUCAUCAACCUCACCAACAACCUCAUCAUCAGCCUCAUCACCAACCUCAUCACCAAGUUCAUCAACCUCACCAACAACCUCAUCACCAACCUCAUCAACCUAAUCAACAACCUCAUCACCAACAACCUCAUCAACCUCAUCACCAACCACAUAAACCUCACCAACAAACUCAUCAACCUAAUCAACAACCUCAUCAACCUCAUCACCAACCACAUAAACCUCACCAACAACCUCAUCAUCAACCUAAUCAACAACCACAUAAACCUCACCAACAACCUCAUCACCAACAACCUCAUCAACCUAAUCAACAACCACAUAAACCUCACCAACAACCUCAUCACCAACAACCUCAUCAACCUAAUCACCAACCACAUAAACCUCACCAACAAACUCAUCAACCUAAUCAACAACCUCAUCACCAACAACCUCAUCAACCUCAUCACCAACCACAUAAACCUCACCAACAACCUCAUCAUCAACCUAAUCAACAACCACAUAAACCUCACCAACAACCUCAUCACCAACAACCUCAUCAACCUAAUCAACAACCACAUAAACCUCACCAACAACCUCAUCACCAACAACCUCAUCAACCUAAUCAACAACCACAUAAACCUCACCAACAACCUCAUCACCAACAACCUCAUCAACCUAAUCAACAACCACAUAAACCUCACCAACAACCUCAUCACCAACAACCACAUCAACCUAAUCAACAACCACAUAAACCUCACCAACAACCUCAUCACCAACAACCUCAUCAACCUAAUCAACAACCACAUAAACCUCACCAACAACCUCAUCACCAACAACCUCAUCAACCUAAUCAACAACCACAUAAACCUCACCAACAACCUCAUCAUCAACCUCAUCAUAAAUCUCAUCAUCAACCUCAUCAAGGCAGGAGAUGAGAAGAUGGCCGCCAUCCUGCCAGCGGCGCUGCAGGGACGGAGGCGGAAGAGACGCAGCAGUUCUCUGGAUAACAUCUCAUCUGAAUGCAAGUCCUACUCCCUAAAAUAG